AUGACUAGUUACGAAAACGGUUUGGAAGCUGAACAAGAAGAUACAAAAUCCUUAUCUUCUGAACAUGAAGUAGACCCUGCUGGGGGAACACGUUUGGAAGAGACAAAUGAUGAAGACGUACCAGAAGACAAUGUUGAAUGUGGCAUUAUUGAAGAAUGGACCGAACCUGAUAUUGCACAAUGGAGGAGCUUGCUUCAAUUUUUGGAUAUUGACAAAGAACCAGAACAUAUUCAGUUUUCGGACUUCGAAGGGAAGGAGUUUGUAAGUAUUGAACAAGCAGAAUCUUUUUAUUUUUUGUAUGCGAAAAUGAUGGGGUUUAGUGUUAGAAAAAAACUGAAGAGGGAGGACAAAAAAGGUAUUUUACACAUUAGAAGUUGGGUGUGUUCAAACGAAGGUUUUAGAGAACAAAAAUAUUGUAAUCUUGAUAAUAGGUGUAAAGAAGCUCGUGCUCUAACAAGAACAGGUUGUAAUGCAGAGUUUAGAAUUAAUUUAAAUAGGGAAACUAACCAAUGGAUUACAAAGUGUUUUAAUAACCACCACAACCAUAAGUUUGCAUUCUUUCAUGAAAAACCAUUUCUUAGAUCUCAUAGAAUAUUUAGGGAUGAGAUGAGGGAACAAGUUAUGUCAAUGAAGAGAGCCGGAAUUAAGACAUCCCAAAUUUGGAAUUACAUGGUAGAAGUUCAUGAUGGUUGGGAAAAUGUGGGAUGUAUCAAAGAUGACUUGUACAAGGGAAUCUGUAAAAAAUAUUCAACGUGGGAUGAUUGUGACACGUCCACAGCAAUGGGUUAUCUCGAAGCAAAAAAAGGGUCGGACAACAUGUUUUUCUACAAGUAUGAUGUAGAUAAAGAAAAUAGAUUGAAAAAUUUAUUCUGGUCUGACGGGACUUCCCAGGUUGAUUACCAAUUAUUUGGUGAUUGUUUGGCUUUUGAUUCUACUUACAAAACCAAUAGGUACGGAAAGCCAUUAGUAAUACUACUUGGGUCUAAUAAUCAUGACAAAACGUGUGUGUUUGGAGCUGCACUUCUUGAUAAUGAGACUUCGACCACAUAUGAUUGGGUAUUGGAAACAUUUUUAGAGUGCAUGGGUGGUAAGAUGCCGUCAGCAGUUUUGACGGACGGUUGCAAAGCAAUGAACAAAGCACUGGAUAAUAUUAUGCCUGGUGUUCCACAUCGUAUUUGCUCGUGGCACAUACUAAAAAAUGCAAUGCACCAUGUACACAAUAUAGCAUUCCAUCAAGAAUUGAAGAAAUUUAUUUUCAGGUAUUACAAGGAGGAAGAAUGGGAGGAUAAUUGGAAAGUGACUGUGAAGAAAUAUAGAUUGACAGGAAAUGCAUGGGUGGAAGCACAAUAUGGCACAAGAAAGCAGUGGGCAGAUACUUUUCUUCGUGGUAUUUAUUUUGGUGGAGCUACUGCUACCGGUAGAUGCGAAUCUAUGAAUGCAUUCUUGAAAAGAUAUUUGCAAAAUAAAAUACCAUUGUGGAUGUUUAUACGACACUUUGACCAUGCUUUAUCUAUGUUACGUUACAACGAGAUGAAAGAACACUACAAAACUAAUUUGACUGAACCGGUUUUGAACCAGACAACUAUGCCGUGUGUGGAGGAUGAAAUUUCUUCAAAUUUCACAAGGGAAAUUUUUACAAGGAUAAGAAAGGAGAUACGGCGUGGCGAUAAUUAUAUUGUCCUAAAGGAUGAUAAGAUACCAGGUUACACUCUUUGUUUGGUGAAAAAAUAUAUUGGUUAUGGAUUAAAGCGCAAAGUGUUAAUCUCCAACGAUGGGGAUGAUGUGCGAUGUGACUGCUAUUCUCUUGAGACAAAAGGAAUUCCAUGUAGACAUAUUUUUAUUUCAUUGAAGAAUUUGGAGAGAAGAAGUUUGCCAAUUUGUUUGGUAAAUAGACGUUGGCUAAAAGAUGCUAAAGAAGUUCAACUGUUAACUCAAGGUAAUGAAAGAAAGUGUCCUCAUCCUGAAGUUAUUGAAAAUUCUAGGUACGGUGGUGUAACCACACAAACUACUAUCACGUCGUACCUUGCUACAAGAUCACGAGAAGCAUUUCAAAAGGCUAUGAAAGUUAUAUCAGAGUUGAAUGCAGAAUUAGAAAAAAUGCCACCAGAUGAAGAGUUAAAACAUCCUCAAAAUGAUGAAGGAGUAUUUCCUAAUAAUAUUUUGGACUCUCAGAUUAAAAAAACAAAAGGCAGACCAACUACAGCCAGUUUGUCGAAAUCAUUCUCUGGAGGUGCAAAGAAGAGAAAACCAAAAAAAUCGCUAUUACAUUGCAAGUAUUGUGGUGAGGUUGGACAUGAUUCAAGGAAUUGUCCUAUGCAGCCAAAGUCCACUACAAAGAAAAAUGGUCAUUCGAAGAAUAAGAAGAAAAAAAUCAAUCCAUGA